ACAAGAAAAAAAAAAAGAGUAAGAAAUGGGGAAUGAGACGACAAAUUUAAUAGAACUGGCCCUAUUUAUCCAUCAAUCAUUUUGCUUCUUAACCUAGCUGCUCCGAUUACACGUGCCGGAGCUCCGGCAACUUUAUACGGUACAACAUAUAGUCUUAUGUAUGUAACUUCACACAGAAUGAUGCCUGAUAUAACAAGUUUAGUGAAGGAAACUUCUGAAAAUGGUACAGAUUUGUCAGCAGAUGAUAUUGGCAGUAUUGAGGAAAUACCCGAGGAUACAAUUCUCUCACGACAAACUUCUGUUAAUCUCAUUCCAUUUAUUGGCCAAAGGUUUAUCUCACAAGAUGCAGCGUAUGAAUUUUAUUGCAGUUUUGCUAAGCAAUGUGGCUUUUCAAUCAGGCGUCACCGUACGCGUGGAAAAGAUGGGGUGGGCAGGGGUAUUACAAGGAGGGAUUUCACCUGCCAUCGUGGAGGCUAUCCACAGUUAAAGCCGGCAGAAGAUGGAAAGCUACAAAGGAAUAGAAAAUCAUCGCGUUGUGGAUGUCAAGCCUACAUGCGCAUCGUGAAAAGGGCAGAUUUUGAUGUCCCUGAAUGGCGAAUUACUGGUUUUAGUAAUGUCCACAACCAUGAACUUUUGAGGGAAAAUGAGGUGCAUUUACUUCCUGCUUACUGCACUUUGUCUGGAGAUGAUAAGAGUCGUAUUUGCAUGUUUGCAAAAGCAGGGAUGUCAGUGAGACAAAUGCUAAGGUUAAUGGAGCUGGAGAAGGGUGUUAAGAUAGGUUGUUUACCAUUUACCGAAAUAGAUGUCAGAAAUCUGCUGCAAUCUUUUAGAAAUGUUGACCAAGAUAAUGAUGCUCUUGAUCUUCUUAAAAUGUGUAAGGAGAAAAAAGAUAAGGAUCCUGACUUUAAAUACAACUUUAAGAUUGAUUCUAAUAACAGGUUGGAAAAUAUUGCCUGGUCAUAUUCUUCAUCAAUCCGGGCAUAUGAGGCUUUUGGAGACGCCGUAGUGUUGGACACAACUCACCGCUUGGAUGCUUAUGAUAUGAUCCUGGGUAUUUGGGUUGGAGUGGACAAUCAUGGAUCAAACUGCCUUUUCGGCUGCGUGCUUUUGCGAGAUGAGAAUGUACAAUCUUUCUCCUGGGCAUUGAAGACAUUCCUUGGAUUUAUGAAUGGAAAGUCUCCACAAACAGUCUUAACUGACCAAAACAUGUGGCUUAAAGAAUCUCUUGCUGCUGAGAUGCCGAGCACCAAGCAUGCUUUCUGCAUUUGGCAUAUUGUUCCCAACUUUUCAAAUUGGUUUUCCAUACUGCUUGGUUCACAAUAUGAUAGAUGGAAGGCAGAGUUUCUGCGGCUUUAUGAUUUGCACUCUGUGGAAGAAUUCGAAUCAGGAUGGAGAGAGAUGGUUGACACAUAUGCACUACAUGGGAAUAAGCACAUUGCCAGCUUGUAUACCUUGCGUACAUACUGGGCACUGCCGUUCCUAAGAUGUUACUUCUUUGCGGGAAUGACAGGUACAUUUCAAUCAGAAGCAAUAAAUGCAUACAUCCAACGGAUCUUGAGUGCUCAGUCCGUACUUGAUAAUCUCAUUGAGCAGGUAGCUGCAAUGGUGGACAUGAAAGAUCGAGUAGAACUAAAACAGAAAAUGCAACGUAAGGACUACAGAGUUGUCCUAAAAACAGGUUCACCAAUUGAAUCUCAUGCAGCUGCUGUGCUCACACCAUUUGCCUUCUGCAAACUACAAGAGGAGCUUGUACUGGCACCGCAAUAUGCAUCUCUGAUGAUAGAUGAAAAUUACUUCAUUGUGAGACACCAUACACAGAUGGAAGGCGGUUAUAAAGUGAUUUGGGUCCCUCAUGAUGGGUUCACUAGUUGUAGCUGUCAUCACUUUGAGUUUACAGGUAUCCUUUGCAGGCAUGUCCUCCGUGUUAUAUCCACAAACAAUUGUUUCCAUAUUCCAGACCAGUAUCUGCACAUGCGUUGGCGUGAUAUCCCCUUACCUGUGGUGCAAACUCCAGCGUUAGGGGAGCAUACAGAAAAAGCCCAGUGGUUAAAGUCCAUGGUUUCAACGCUAGUUGCAGAAUCAAUUGAGACAGAGGAACGACUCGACUUUGCAUGUGAUCAUAUUGGUUUGGCAUUGACUCGCAUCAAAGGCCUCCCUGGACAGUCACAUCAUGCUCACCAUAUCUCUUAUAAUAGCCCAUCAGGUUCGUUGAUUCUCCCAGAGGUUGAAGAUUCUGAUGGUGUUGGUCAAAGUUUUACUAGAAUUCCACAUGAUUGUCUUGCCCUGGAAAAGCCGAAAGAGAGGAGAUCAAGAGAUGGGCUUGAUAUAUAUAGGAAGCGGCGUCCUUGCCCAAUGACUUGUUGUGGGCAGUUUGAACACGAUGCUGAUGAUUGCCCGCUUUUAGGAGGUGAUGAACUAAAUGUGGACAACCUAGGUUUUCCGUAGGUAAACAGAAGAAGUUCAUUGGUACUGCCUGAUGGUCCACCAAUUUUAAAAUACUGCAACAAUCACACCCCAAGUGCUACCAGCACUUUCCAAAUAGAUUGUACUCCUGGAUUUAGCAGGCUGAAGUAUAUAGUUUGAUGUAUGUUCAUACUAGCGAAGCGGAGUAUUAUUUAGUUUGUCUUGUAAUUUAUGCACUGAAUGUGUUGGUUACAGUUUCAGAAUGAUAAUUCUUUGCCAUUUCUUA